AUGGGCUCAGACGCACUCACACUCAUCGACCGUCUCGCCCUCGUCAACUCUACAACUUCAAUCCCCCGAAUCGGCUUUGGCGUCUAUAAAAUCCGUGGUCCAGCUUGUACAGCGGCUGUCAUCGAAGCCCUCUCAGCAGGGUAUAGACACAUCGACUCGGCUGCUCUCUACCGCAACGAGCAGCACGUUCGUACCGCCGUUGAGCAAUCUAGCGUGGACCGAAAGGACGUGUUUCUGACGACAAAGGUCGGGAGCCCCACCGCCAGAAAGAAUCGAGCGAAUGAUGAGGAUGGGGUGUAUCGCGAAGUUGUAGAUAGCGUGGAUCGCAUCGCUGGCGAGGAUGGCUAUGUUGACUUGCUGCUGAUUCACGUACCUGGACCAUCCCGUGCACACCGUGAGAAGCUGUGGGCCGCCAUGGAGAGACUUCGAAAUGAGGGAAGGGCAAAGAGCAUCGGUGUGAGUAACUUUCGUGUGCGGCAUCUGGAGGAGAUGAGAGGGUAUGCGGCAGCUUGGCCCCCCAGCGUGAAUCAGAUCGAGCUUCAUCCUUGGUGCCAGCAGCGAGAUGUGGUAGCUUACUGCCAAACCCAUGGCAUUCUAGUCGAAGCCUAUAGCCCACUGGCAACGGGCACCCGGCUAGAUGACCCGACGGUCCAGAGCCUGGCGACUAAGAAGGAAAAGGCGCCUGCUCAGAUUCUUAUCCGAUAUGCGUUACAGAAGGGUUGGGUUCCAUUACCAAAGAGCGUGCAACCGGACCGCAUCCACGAGAAUCUCGACGUCUUCAACUUUGAACUGGACCAGGACGAUAUGGAGACGCUGGAUGCAUUAGAUGAGGGGUCAAAGGGAGCUGUGUUCAAGAUGAAUGUGGACUGA